AAGUAGCUGCCAGCAAAACCUAAGCGCUCAGGUCUCGCUUUGACAUCACUUUUAUUGACAGAUCCCUCUCAUCGCAACCGGGCCGAAUCCAAAGAUGGGCAAAAAAGCGCCAAACCGAAGCGACCUCCCACUGCACAAAAUCAUCAUGGUCGGCUCCGGCGGCGUCGGCAAAUCCGCGCUCACCCUCCAGUACAUGUAUGGCGACUUCAUCGAAGAAUACGACCCGACAAAAGCCGACUCGUACCGAAAAAAAGUCAUGCUGGAGUCGUCAGGGGGCGGCGGGGCGGGCGGGACUGCUGGGAGCGGCCCCCAAACAGAAUGCUUCAUUGAUAUCCUCGACACGGCCGGACAGGAGGAGUACGCGGCCAUUCGGGAUAAUUACUACCGUUCUGGCGAGGGUUUUCUGUGCGUGUUUUCGAUCUGCGAGCAUGAGUCGUUUGUGCACACGCAGGAGUUUCGGGAUCAGAUUUGUCGGGUGUUGGAUGACGAGGCUGUGCCGUUUGUGUUAGUGGGGAAUAAGGCGGAUUUGGGGCAUUUGAGGAAGGUGCAGGCGAGGGAAGGCGAGGCGAAGGCGAGGGAGUGGGGGUGCCCGUACAUUGAGACGAGUGCAAAGACCCGACAAAAUGUGGAGGAGGCAUAUCAGACUUUGAUGCGGAAAAUCAGGGAUCGGAAGGAGGCCAAAGGUGGGGGCAAGUCGACUGGGGGGAAGACCGCCAAGAAGUCGAAAGGCUGUUUGAUUCUGUGAUGUUCGUAUCGAGAAAGAUUCCGCGCGAAUCGUGCCUGUGAGACAUCGUCGGGCACAACAGCGUAGGCCGAGGGGAAUAACAUACCCUCCGAAGACCGGCUGUCGCUCAACUUCUCAUUGUCAUACCCUCCCACAAUCCACCGGCACAUGUAGACGAUGGGUCAUCAAGGAUAGAUGUAUGAUGCUUGCUUUUCCU